AUGCCGCUCACCGAUGCUAAAAAUGAGGCCAACGAGGAGCGCGAUGAUGGUCGUCUCACCCAAUAUAAGAACUUGUCAAAGCAUGACGAGCUUCGUCGCCGGCGCACAGAAUGUAGUGUUGAGAUCCGAAAGCAAAAAGGAGCCGAUAUGAUGAUGAAAAGAAGAAACAUUGUCGACUUCGAUGAUGAUGAGAAUGAAAAGAGCCUCGACACUGUCGACAUUGAAAAUGUGAAGCCAGCAAGCACUCCUGCGCGACUAUCGAACGAUGAAGUCAAGAGGAUUCUAUCAAAUAACCCAUCGACUGAUGAUAUGAUAGUCUGCUUCGAAUCGCUUCGACGAAGCUUAUCGAAGAACAAGAAUCCACCAAUCGAUGAAGUCAUCAAAACCGGUCUUGUUCACGCUUUAGUUCAAGCUUUAGCUCUUGACAACACCAAGAUCCUUUAUGAAGCUGCCUGGGCUCUCACUAACAUUGUCUCCGGAACUUCUGCUCAAACCAUCGCUGCCGUUGAGGCCGGAGCUACAGCACCACUCGUUAAGCUCUCAAUUCAUGACGAUCCACAAAUUGCGGAACAAGCUCUUUGGGCGGUUGCCAACAUUGCCGGAGAUAGCGCUGAGCUUCGCGAUUUCGUAAUCAACUGUCAUGGAAUCGAGGCGCUUAUGCACUUGAUGUCUAAGCUCGAUACCCUUUCGGUUAGCCAUGUUCGCACCAUUGCUUGGACUUUCUCCAACAUGUGUCGGCAUAAGAACCCUCAUGCUCCUUUAGAAGUACUACGCGUUCUUAGUUUCGGGCUCACCAAAUUGGUGCAGCACAAAGACCAACAAGUCCGCCAAGACGCUUGCUGGGCUGUUUCAUAUCUUACCGACGGCCCCGAUGAGCAAAUCGAGAUUGCUCGCCAAAGCGGCGUUCUUCAGGAGAUUAUGAAAUUCUUCCGCUCCGAAGAAUCUCUUGUUGCACCAGCUUUGAGAACGUUGGGGAAUGUGGCAACAGGAAACGAUUCGCUCACCCAAACUGUCAUCGAUUUGGGAACUCUCAACGAGAUUUUGCCUCUUUUUGAACGCACUUCUACCACGAGCAUCGUCAAGGAAUGCUGUUGGCUCGUCUCGAACGUCAUUGCGGGAACUCAAGGUCAGAUUCAGGCAGUUAUUGAUGCUGGACUCAUUCCAGUCAUUGUUAGCGUGUUGAAAUCGGGAGACUACAAAUGUCAAUUUGAGGCAUCGUGGGCUCUCUCGAAUCUUGCUCAAGGUGGAACCGCUAAGCAGAUUUUCGCAAUGGUCGAGGAGGACGCCAUUCCGGCGCUUUGCAAUCUUCUCUCUCAGAGUAACCCUGAUAUGCUUAACAACGCUCUUGAGACUAUCUACACCGCGUUGCUCACGGUUUCUGCUACUUAUCCGCAACGAAUGGAUGCGAUUCGCGAUCAAAUCGAGGAAUGUGGCGGAAUCGACCAGCUCGAGCGUCUUCAGGAAUCGCAAUCGGAGACAAUUUAUGCGCAUGCCUACAGAAUUAUUUCGCAAUUCUUUGCUGACGACGAUGCUGCUGAAGAAGAAGCUUCGGAAAACCAGCCACCAGGCACUUAUAACUUCUAA